AGGGGCAGCUGACUCUAACUGUGGCUCAAGCGCUUAUCUAAAUGAACUUUAUUGACGACUCCUAACGCUUUUAAAAAUUCCUUCACAGAGUCAAGAUGCAGAUCCUUGUGAAGACCCUGACUGGUAAGACCAUCACUCUGGAGGUUGAACCCAGCGACACCAUUGAGAAUGUCAAAGCUAAGAUCCAGGAUAAGGAAGGGAUCCCUCCAGACCAGCAGAGGCUCAUCUUUGGUGGCAAGCAGCUGGAAGACGGCCGCACUCGCUCCUACUACAACAUCCAGAAAGAGUCCUCCCUCCAUCUGGUCUUGCAGCUGAGAGGAGGUAUGUAGGUCUUUGUGAAGACCCUGACUGGUAAGACCAUCACUCUGGAGGUUGAACCCAGUGAAACCACUGAGAAUGUCAAAGCUAAGAUCCAGGAUAAGGAAGGCAUCCCUCCUGCUCAGCAGAGGCUGAUCUUUGCAAGCAGCUGGAAGAUGAUCCAGAAAGAGUCCACCCUCCAUCUUGUGCUCCGCCUGAGAGGAGGGAUUCAGAUCUUUGUGAAGACCCUCCAGGAUAGGGAAGGCAUCCAUCC